UUGGGCAGCAGCAGCUACAUUGUAUCGUUUGACAGAACUAAAUAGUUACAUUGUACAUCAAGAGGAACGAUUUUUUAAAUUUAUACUGACGUCGACAGACAGACUGUUAACAUAAUCUUUAUUCCUCAAUCAACAUUUUAAAUACAUAGUCAUAUAUCUUUGAAUCUCCGGUUUUACCAGACAGAUGUGGAUACAGUUCUACAGGGAGUAACACACCUGCAGUAAAGAGGGGAAGAGGAUCCUAAUUCAGAGGACCAGUGGAUGACCUGCCUACUGUACAGACCAUGAUCUGAAGGCCCCGCCACGUGGCCCCAUUCUUUCUUCUUCAUUAUUUCCUGCAGGGGUAAGAGCUCCUAGACUAGCCGCCUCAGACAGGUGGAGCGGAGGGAGAUAGAGAGAGUGUGUACAAGAGAGUGUGACAGCCAAGCGCCUAGUCUGCAACAGUGCCCACCAACCACCUCCACAGGACAGCCGUGCCCUCUGACCCCGCCACGCCCCCUGCCCCUCCCACCGCCAGACCGGAACCAUGGGAAGGAAAAAGAUCCAAAUACAGAGGAUUACAGACGAACGGAACAGACAGGUGACGUUCACCAAGAGGAAGUUUGGCCUGAUGAAGAAGGCGUAUGAGCUGAGCGUGCUGUGCGACUGUGAGAUCGCCCUCAUCAUCUUCAACCACUCCAACAAGCUGUUCCAGUACGCCAGCACCGACAUGGACAAGGUCCUGCUCAAAUACACCGAGUACAACGAGCCCCACGAGAGCCGUACCAACGUCGACAUCAUGGAGACGUUGCGAAAGAAAGGCUUUAAUGGUUGCAACAGCCCUGAGCCGGACGGCGACGACUCCAUCGACCAAAGCCCGUUAAACGACGACAAGUACCGCAAGAACGAGGACCUGGAUAUCCUGUUCAAGCGCUAUGGCUCAGCCGUCCCCCAGCCCACUUUCUCCAUGCCCGUCACAGUGCCAGUGUCCAAUCAGAAUGCUCUCCAGUUCAGUAACUCUGGCGGCCUGGUAACCACCUCCUUCGUCACCUCCACCCUCACAGACCCACGCCUGCUGUCGCCACAGCAACCUCUCCAGAGGAACACUGGGUCUCCAGGGUUACCACAGCGACCGGCCAGCGCAGGUGCUCUAUUGGGAGGUGAACUGAGCAACUCCAACGGAGGAUGCCCAAGCCCUGUUCCGAACGGCUACAUCAGUGCCAGGGCCUCCCCCGGCCUCCUCUCCGUCUCCAACGGCAACAGCCUGGGGAAAGUAGUCCUGGCCAAGUCUCCACCUCCGCCCAGCCCUCAGAUGGUGAACAGCCGCAAGCCUGAUCUCCGGGUCAUCACCUCCCAGAGCGGCAAGAGCCUGAUGCAGCUGAAUGCUCAGCGGUUAGGCGGUUCUCAAGGGAACCUGUCCACGCCAGUGGUUUCCGUGGCGACGCCCAGUCUCCUAGCCCCCUUCUCCGCCAUGCAGACGGCCUACAACACUGAGUACCAGCUGACAAGUGCAGAUCUCACAGCGCUCCAGACAUUCACGCCAUCAGGGCUGCUGCCUAGCAACAUGUCCACCUGGCAACAGCAACCAGCAGUAUCCCAGCAGCAGCAACAACAGCAGCAGCAACAACAACAGCAGCAGCAGCAACAACAACAACAGAUCAGCUUGGCGUCACUCAGUAAUUUGGUGCCGGUGGGCCACUUACCUCAGGGCACCAUGCUGACGAUUAACACCAACCCCAACAUCAGCAUCAAGUCGGAGCCCGUGUCACCCAACCGCGACCGCAGCACCCCGUGCUCCACAGCUGGGGGUGGCGGAGGAGGGGGCCUAGUGACCAUCACAGGGGCCCCUAUGUCAGGCCAGUACCCAGGGGCCCUGCGCCUGGAGCCGUCCACCCUGCAGGGCCGCUCGCCCGUCGGCAGCCUGAGCAGCAACGGCAGCUCCUACGAGGGUGACCGGGACGAUGGGGCCCAAGGGCGGGCCCAGGACUUCCACCACCAGGGAGGGGCCUCCUCGGCCAUGGGGCUCCUGAGGCCCUCGUCCACUCAGGAGCAGCAGGAGCAGGAGGGGGCCAACGUGAAAAGAAUGAGACUGGACACCUGGGUCACAUAGAUGUGUAGAACAAGAGAGUGAAGGGAAGAGAUGCCCCAUCCCCCACCCUUUUACCGUAUGUACAGUAAAUGCUGACCUCACACACAUGCCUCCACCACACACAAACACACACACAUGCACCGGACUCACCCAUUUGCGCAUGCUCUUACACUCUUGCACACACUCUUUCUCUCACAAAUGUAUGCGUUGACACACAAGCUACAUACUGUUUUACACUAUAUUGUACUAAACACACACACACACUUUCACACAAACACCCUCUAUAGGGGCAGAGUCACCGAACCAGGGAUUACAUGUCAACAUAGUGUGUUGGACAAGAUUAGGAUUGGAAUGAAUGACUUCUCUUUUGUUCAAGCUGGCUCGGUCUCCUUUUCGUUUUGAAGGGAGAGAGAGCAGCUAGAAAACUGACUGAUUAUUGACUGACUAAUGGCUUUGCUGGGUUUUCUCUUCACCCUCUACAUCACAUAAUACACACCUGGUAUCCUCCUGUCUUUUAUCCACAGUAGGUCUCUAGUCCAGCUGCACUGCUCUGUUGAGAAACAGUAGAACAACCAAAAUGAAUCCACUUCUUUGUAUCUGCCCAGUGGCACUGUUAUAUCCAGCUUUUGGUGUUUUUGUAAAGAGUAUGAGAUUGGUGAAUGAGAUUUUAACUGUUUUUUUUUUAAAUAUUAUGUCCUCUCUGUCUGACUGUUGUCCAUCAACCAUCUUUAAAUUUCUAUUAACAUUUCUGUUUUAGAUUUGAGAACCCAAAAUUCACGGAGUCAAACUGAUUAGCUAUCCAUUUUAGAAGACCGGUUUUACUCUUCUAAAGUGGAUGAUCCUUGUUUUGUUUAGUUUUAGCCAGGUAUUUAAUCAGAACCAUGCAAAUAGCUGUUUAAUCUGAAACAUCGAUACCUUAUCUAGGUCAAAUACUGUUUUAUCAGGGAAGGGCUGCCCUAGCUCUAUGACACAUGCUACAGAUACCUACCGAUCAACUUCAGAUGCUGCGUGUGUUUCCUGUUCUGUGAUAUUUAUUUCAAAUGCUCUUUUUGUGUUUUUUUUACUACCUUCUUGACUUUUCAAUUUUCCCCACGCUCAAAUCCAUCCAAACUCACACACAAAAAAUGUUGUUGUUAAACAAUGCCUGUGUUUCAGAAGGCUCUGAAUAGGAGAUGUAAACUGGGAGAAAAAGUGAAGAACUGUGUAUAUAAGCAAUUUGUUCUGUUUCCUUCUGUAUGGCUUUUGUAUAGCAGGGACAUCGUUUUUUGAGGGUAACAUAUAGAGCAUAUAAAUAUAUAUUUAAACAGCAGCGAUAGCAGAUCUUGAGAGUAAGUGAUGAACUGCAUAUGAUGCAGAGAAAACGAUAGACGACAGGGAUUGUAUAUAGAUAUAUAUGUUCACAUAUGUUCAGCAGGAUAUCCCUAAAAGCUAAUGUGUUGAUUCUCAGUGGAUCUGUCUUUCUAUUUAUGUGUGUGUACAUAAGUGUACUAGGUUGCAAAGCCAAGUGAGGGUGCUAGAGGGACAGAAAAGGAAGUAGCAGUGGAUUGGACUGUUUGAGUGAGCAGUGGUUAGUACUCUGACGGAGCGCACUUUAACCUCUUCCUCCCCCCAAGCCCCCAAAAUGCCCCCUCUCUUUAAAAGCCAGGUGUCCUCCAGAAAGGGACAGUCAUGUCUGCAUGUCCUCAGGCACGUCAAACUCAUUCAACACACACACAAACACAUUUACACACAUUAGCCAGACAAGUAUCCCCUGUGCUUUCUGUUAGAGGAGAGUUCCCUGGCCACAUUAAUUAAUUACAGCAUUUCACUCAUUGAACCGUGGUGUGAACUCGACCGCUCCCUACCAGUGACUUAAGACAAGUCCAUCUCACGCUCAUUUGACCCCUGCCACUAUCAAUUUUCUGCCAAAACGCCUCAUUGCUCCACACACUCAAACACCAUAUUCGCAUAUACUCUGCACUCUGUCCAGAACAGGUUCAAAUGACCUCCCAUUGGCUCUUUAUCGUUUUAUAUCGUUGUAGUUGUUGCCGUAGGGAUUGUGCAGCCUGACUCGUCAGGAGUCUAGACGAUCGUCUAGAGGCGGAUGGCAGAGAGAGAGAGAGAGAGAUCACGCCUGCCGGCAUAUUCACACACCCUUAGACUGUAAGACUGUUGUGUCCUGAGCUUUGAACAAAACGUUGACCCUGAUGUUUUUUUAUAAUAAUGGUAGCUAUGUCUUGAAUAGGGCCACAUGCCAUGAAGAGAUGUUUCAUACCUAGACUAAAUGGUGACUAGCGGAAGCAGACGAUGGGGUUGGUUAGUACUCUGGACGCUGGCCAAUCGAGGUGUUGUAUAAAGCCCUGACAUUAUCUCAGAACAACACUAAGGGUCACUGUAAUCACAAAUGAAAAGACAAUCGUCAUGACAAUAGUUAACCUGCGCCCCCAUAUUCCCCAUGUAUAAUGAAUGAUGUUUAGAGAAUCUCACUUUCCAGUGUUAAUUUGUGCUGGUGACAGUUCUAUUGUCUGUUUUUAUUAUAAUUGUUCUAUGAUAAUUGCUAUUAUUACUGUUAAUAUUAUCAUUAUUGUGACCAUCGAUGGUAAUUGUAAUGAUGAUAUAGAAAAGGCAAUUUAAUUUUUUGCGGUUUUGUGUAGGUUAGGAAUCUUGUUUUAUUUGAAUUUUAUUUUAUUAUAUAUAAAUAUAUUUUUGUUUUGUUUUCAUUUUUCAUUUUGUUUUUUCUUCAAAGGGUGUACUAAAAUUGCACGAUUUAUGACGUAAAACAAAACCGCUGUAGUAAUAUUAGUACAUGUGCGAUCAUGAAAGGUGGUAAACAAGUUUAAUAUAAUAACCAGUUCAAUGCUGCAAUGUACAAAACUUAGUCUACAGAUAGUAAAGUGAGGACAAGACACAUUUAAUUUAUUUCUGACCAGACACAAAGAUGUCAAUGCAUGGGCGUAACACAAAAAAAGAAUGAAUCAUAUUAUAGGAAAUACAUAUGAAAUGUAAUAUCAAUAAGAAUAUACAUCACACAGAAAUAAAAUAGAAAUUGAAGAAAAAAGUACUAUUAUAGCUAAUAUAUUGUGUUCGGCUAGUCUGCUUUUUGUUGUAAACAAAAUUACGUUUUUUUGUUGUUUUUGGAGAAUGAUAUACAAUUUGUGUAUAUUUUCAUAAAUAAAGUAUGCACUGAUGUUAUUACAAAUUCUAUACUGCUUUUACAAAAAAAGUGUUUGUUAUUGUACCAAAGUAUCCAUUUGUCCCUUCUUACCCUCCCCUUUUUGCUUAUGUUUUAUCGUAUUUUAUAUAUUAAAUAGACAAGUUGACCUACAAA